AUGUCCUCCUCCACCGAUCAUCAAAUUUUAAUUCCAUCAGCAAGACAGAAAAUACCAUACAACAACAAUAAUAAUAACGGUUUUAAUAAUGGCAAUAAUAGCAAUGGAAAUGACAUCAAUAAACAAUCGAACACCAACAAUAGUUAUCACAAGAAGAGUCAGAGUCUCUCCACUCCAAUCAACAAUAACCACUCAUCAAACUCUUCAAGUCAACAACAACAUUCUCAACCGAUUACUAUCAAUUCUUCAUCAUCAUCAUCAUUUCUUAAAAACAAUAACUCACGAAAGAAUAGGAAUAAUCAAUCAGCAUCAUCAGUAGGAUCUUUUAAGAAAAUUAACGAUCAGACUCUUUCCCGAGAAAUUGAUCAAUCACAACAACAACAACAACAAUUUAAUAAUAAUUCACCAAUCAUUGAUGAUAAUAAUAAUAACACUAGGUUACGAGCAAAGUCAUUCCAAAAUACUCCACAAUUCACUCCUAAACAAGCACUUACUGUUAAUACUUCUUCUAACAAGUCAAACAAACAAUUGUUGAAUGUGUCAAAUCAAGUGGUGCAGAGUAAAUCCAUUCCGAACUCUCUUAAUGACACAUUUGAAGUUUCAAAAUCAACCUUGAUCAAUGGCAGCAGUAAUAAUAAUAAUUUAUCACCAUCAAAAUUUGUGAAAAUAAUGACACCACCUCCUCAACGUAAAAAGAAGCAACUUGUUGAAGAUAAUUAUAGUAGCAGUGCACCAUCCAAAAUUUCACUCAAGUUUGAUGAUAAUGAGGAAGAAAAUGAGCUACUUGAUGAAGUGUUGGAUGAUUUAUGUAUAAGAUUUAUUCUGAACUGUCCAACAUUAGAGGAGGAACAAAUGGAGGGUAUUGACUCUCGUGUAUUUGAGACGUUAUUCUUCCAAUUGGAAGAAGCUUUUUGGUUUUAUUACGAUUUCCAUAGAGUUAAACACAAAUCUUUACCCAAGUACAAAUUCUCCAUGUUCUGUGAAAAGAUGUAUGCUAGAUGUCCAAUAUUGGAGGAGUUGACUCAAAAUGAUUCAUCUCAAGCAGAUGUUGAUUCUCUAGUUCAAAGAUUUCUUGAUUACAAGACUUCUGUACCAGUUUAUGGUUGUAUCAUAUUGAAUGAAAAUCUUGAUAAGGUUCUACUUGUUCAAGGUUAUAAUACUAAGUCAUGGUCCUUCCCAAAAGGAAAAAUUAACCAAAAUGAAAAGGAAACUACGUGUGCAGCACGUGAAGUCUACGAAGAAUGUGGAUACGAAUUGGGAGAUAGAGUGAAUGAACAAGACUUUAUCGAAAUUGAUCAAAAUUAUGAGAGUUCUGUUCCUGAUUAUAAGGACAAGUACAAACACUCAAAUCCAUACACUAAGCUUUUUAUUGUAGGUGGAAUACCUGAAUCAACACAAUUCGCAACAAGAACAAGAAAGGAAAUUUUGAAAAUCAAAUGGUUCUCUAUUGAUCAUUUGUAUGAAACCUGUUAUCCAAGACACAAGGAUAAACAAGGCCUAAGAACUUGGUUGGUAAAACCAUUUUUGAAUUCUCUAAUAGAUUGGAUUAAAAAGAGGAAACAACCAACCAGUAAUCCAAAAACACCAGACAAGAAACCUGUAAAUAGAAGCAAUCGUAGCUUGACAGCUCCAGCAAUUCCAAACCUUAGUGUUUCUACAAUUGUUGCUCAGAGCACUAAUCAGACAAAUGUUGGAUCUCCUUUAUUGUCUUUUGUUUUUGAUACUGAUGAAAUUUUAGAGAAGAAAAAGUAAAUAGUAAUAUAUUACUUC